AUCUAUCUACUAUUCUACUUAUAAACAUACACCGAUCAUCUUCAUAUCUUGUAGGAAACCACCGAGUGCAACUGAAGCAAACAGGUGAAUUAAUUUAUAGUAAUGGCAGUGGUAACACAAGAGCCCAUUCUUUGUAGGCUUGAUCGUCUUGAUAACUUGAUGAGGCAUUUGGAGAACAUAAGAGGGUCUUCCAAUAAUAAUAAUAAUAAUAAUAAUAGCAACAGAUCUUCAUCACCAUCCACACCAUCUAGUGGGACGGCCCGUAACAGCGACGGACAUGCGUCUUCCCUUGAUUUCUUUUCUCCAAGGAGCCGAGACAAGUUGCAUUGCCGUCCCAUUGAUGACGUCAUUGUUGAAACGGAGCACAAAGGCACCCUUCUUGAUAGGGUUUCCCUCAUCGAACACCGCCUUCUCAAGCUAUGCAUGCAGCUUGAACAAGAGAUGGAUGCCGAAAAGCAGGACAAACAUUCACAAGAUGAGAACAAGUCUCGGUCUCCACAAACCCAUAAGAAGUCCGGUUUGAAGCAAUUCGUAAAAUCGUGUGUCAAAGGAAACAAACACAAGCCCAAUAAAUAAUUCCACGCCUUUCUUAUUUACGGAGUACUUAUUUAUGUAUUUACUCCUAAUAUUUGUACGGAGUACUCCACAUGCUAAGGGGACUAGUUAUACUCUACUUACUAAUAACUAUCUACAUCUUUUUUUUAAAAUUGCUAGCUUGUAAGAUAUCUUGUUUAUUGUCGUCACAAUGGACUAUGCCUUCCUUUGCCUGCCUUUCAAUCAUAGUCAAUUUAACUAAUUAAUGCUAUGUUAAUUCCUGCUUUACCCUUCUUUUAGGGGACUUUUACCUUUUAAAUUAUUGUAAUGUUGUGGGUUAUGACUUAUGACAUUUACUUCCCCGUCCCUAUUCCAUUUU